ACGGGGACGACAGAUACGCGGUGUUGUUCGCCGUGGAAACGCGCGGACAAAGGGAGGCAGACAGACUGGAGUACAACAACUGACUUGAGAGGAGAGGAGUACUGUUGGAGGGGAAACGGUGGAAAUCUGGAGUCGGAAGUGAUUUGUCUUCUUUUUUUUCUUCGGAAAUGUAAGUUGCGUCCAGGAUUUUAGGGAGGAAGCGAAUCCGUUUGGAAAGCGAGGAGGAAAGGACAAAAAGUGGAGUGGUGAUUGGAAUCAGUCAUCAAAACAGCAUCUAGAUCCUCGGAGCAUGGGAGGAGUUGUCUGCGAGCUGUAAAAUGUUCCCGCUACAUCGAGAGAGGGAGCAGCCCAUCUUUAGCGCCAGAGCUCAUGUCUUCCAGAUCGACCCAGCCACCAAACGCAACUGGCUGCCGGCCAGCAAACAUGCCGUCACAGUAUCCUUCUUCUAUGAUGCCAGCCGCAGCGUCUACCGCAUCAUCAGCGUGGGCGGGACAAAGGCCAUCAUCAACAGCACCAUCACCCCCAACAUGACCUUCACCAAAACCUCGCAGAAGUUUGGCCAGUGGGCAGACAGCAGGGCAAACACUGUCUAUGGCCUAGGCUUCUCCACGGAGCAGCAGCUGCAGCAGUUUGCAGAGCAGUUUAAGGAGGUGAAGGAGGCGGCCCGUUUGGCCAGAGAGAAAUCUCAGGAGAGAUUUGAACUGGCCAACCCUGCGCUUAACAUUGCAGCUCCAGAGCUCUCCCAGGAGUUGUCGGAGGAGCGUCACUCUCCGCCGCUGCUCACAGUCAACGGGCCAGGCGAGGAAAAGCUGUUUCGCAGCAAGAGCACCGAAGUGCAGCUGACAGCCGAGAAGGAGAGGGUCAAAAAGAUGCUGUCUGAAGGGUCGGUGUGUGAGAUAAACCUGGAGGCUGAACUCUUCACCCUUCAGGACAGUAACGCCAAGCUGGUGGAAGCACUGCAGGAAGCCAACAGCAGCGUGGAGCAGUGGAAGAAACAGCUGGCCGAAUACCAGGAGGAGACCGAUCGCCUCAGAGACCAGGUGGCAGAGCUUGAGGCCCAGCUGGGGCAUCCUGCUGCUGGUCAGACUGCAAAAGAGGAGCUGAGUCGCUCACUGGAGGAGCUGGAAGCCCUGCUGAGCGCCAAAGAUCAGGAAAUUCACAACCUGCAGAGCAAAAAAACAGAUGUGGGUGAGCUUGAGAAGGAGAGAGAGGAGGCCAUGCAGAGACUGCAGGAUCUGGAGAGAAGAAACAAAGACCUGGAGGAUCGGGUCCAGAGUGCUGAGAAGACGCUGGCUUGCAGCCGGGAGGAGCAGGAUCAGGCGGAGGUUGAAGUCCGACGCAUCAUCGAUGUUCUGGACGUCAAAAUCUGCGACCUGAACGAGCUGAGACACAGCCUGGCAAAACUUGUCGACAAAUAGCCGUAGCAGCAGAUGGGCUGCAUCUCCACAGUCAGCACAGGUUCCACCCAUGUGGCCUUGAUUUGUGUUUUACUGGUUUAUCAGCAGAGCAGCAAUCAAAGCAAUAUGGAGGAAAAUAUACAAGCUUCACCUUCAAUCAGUGAUCAGUGCAGAUAAACAGCAGGUAUAAGAAACCUCUUAUAGGUGCUAUGUGCAGAAUAAUACAUUAAUGUCACAUUAAUACUGCAACCUUAAACAGUUAACAGUGUGGUCUAACUGGUUGCAACUACUUUUUUCUAUCUUAGUUCCCUGCAGCUGCUUGUCCUUCGGCUGCUGAAGAGGAUGUAAUGAUUUUUAAACCAUCUGUCACCAAUGCCCAUUCUAAAAGCUUAAGAUCAAUUUGCUCUGGAAGAACAGCGCCCUCCUUCUUUUAUUGAUGCCAUUGCAACCCAGAGUAUUUUGCCAAAAUCUGACACAGUGGUUUACUAUGUAAAAUGAAGAGCAGUGGCCGAUAAGAGCUGACAGUCUUUUCAGUGGCGGUCUCAGUUGUUGAUGGUAAUGUUACUGAUGUCUCAAAAGGACUGAGGUAAUGAUUUAUUUAUAGCAAAUACCACUUUAAGCACCCUUUAAAAGAAGACUUGCACCAAAACUGGUUUUAAGCUUGCUAUUUUGCAAAAGUAGACAUUUCCAUGAGUUUAUUUUUGUGUGAUUUAUCUUUAUUUAAUAGAGGUUGGGCAAUCCACUUGUAUUAGUAUAUUGUCUUACUGAAUUAAGGGGCAAGAGCAGCAGUAAGACGAGGAAAGAAUCCAAAGAUAAUGGACUGGCUGUGUCAAAUAGAAUCCAGCAGAGCUCUGUUUGCCUGCAGAGGUCUCAGCCGUUCAACCAUGUCUGAGCACAGACAGUAAAACUGCAGUCCUCUAACAGCAGAACUCGCAUCAGGACUUUAGAUGUUUGAAAAAUAAUUUAAUGGACAAUAACAUUUACAUACCUCUACUAAACAUAAUUAUUUGAUUAUAAUUCUGGGCAUUUGGUUUGUGGAAACAACGAAGCGACUGUGCACAGAGGCUUUUUGCACUGUGGUUUGGCAGAAGACAGCGACACAAUAAACUAAUAUCCUCAGGCCCAAACAUAGUAAUAGUCCUGUAUGAGUCGGCUUUCAGGUAUGCAGUAAUUAUAAUAAUAAUGUUGAAGGUAGAUCACAGAAGCCACUGCGAGUAAGACAGCUAUACAAAGACAAGUAAACGAGUGUCUACUUUUACAGAAAAACAGCCUUGAGUUCAUGUUGGUGUCAUCGGUCCCUCAGCACUGUGGAGAUGCGCCCAGUAGGAGUCUGGUCAGGAUAAGGACAUGUGGAGGCAAAGAACCUGAAUAAGGUCAGCUCCAGUUCACCAUCAGCAGCCUGGACUGGCCUCACACCAGCCACAACAUCAACAAACUCAGAUGCAACAACCUGCUCCCAUUCUCUCCACUGGGGGAUCACCAACGUACGACCGAUUUUUGUUAUGUUUUAUGAGGACUGCUCUUUUCUCACCACUAGAUAAUUCAUGUUCAUCAACGGGUUACUCACAGUCAGGAUGGGAAAUGAGACAUGGCUACCGGCCAGAUCUCUGCCAAGUUCAAGCCGCAGCUCGUCAGUUUGUCCUCCUCACCAGGCCACUUUGAGCAGGUAGAUCAGCGCUUGAAGGAAAUGUCUGGAUGUGUCGCUGUGGCCUGUGGACAGAGAUGCCGCUUUCCCUCCUUUUUCAUUUGAACCUGAGGUUGCACUUGAUUAUGUUUGUGCCAAGUUUGAUUUUGUUUACAUGUGUCAGUGUUCACAGAAUGGUCCAGUUCUUCUUUAUGUACUUUUUUUCUGUUACUCAACGCUACCAUUUACCAUAAUAGUAAUAAUAACUCUAGAGAGAGGCUCAGCGGAGCCGCAGAGCAUAGAUCACUAUGAGAGCACUGCAUGAGCUCUGCAGAAGCCCUGCACCUGCCAAGGAAUGUGAAGCUGUGUGUGUGCGCGUGUGUGUGUGCGUGCACAAUACCUAGCAGUGUGCAACCUGAGAGUUAAAAAGCACAAUUGCAGUAGUUUUAGUAAAAUAGGUACUUAAUUGACUUGUCUGUCAGCUUUGUAUGUGAAGUUCUGAUGCACAGUAUCUAUUGAUCUUUGCCUCUCACCCUCUGAUGAGUUAUUGAUUUCUUCAUAUGACAGUAAUAUUGGUACAGAUAAGGUGCAGUCUUUGCAGCUGAUGAUGCAGUGCCAGAAUCAUACUAGCAUGUCAAAAUAUGAUUUAAACAGGUCAUAACGAGGUGCAAUCACCGACUCUAAUCCUGUACACUUUUUGUCAAAUUUAGAUGAUAUCUUCUAAUGGGCUGCAAGCUGUUUGUUCUGCUCGCGCUGAAAAAAAGAAAUCUGGUGUUCCCUGGCUCUGUAAAUGGGAAACACAACACUACUCCAGCCAAUCAACAACGAGGGGCGCUCGUGCACAGGACAGGGGAAAGGCCAUGGAUGUGUAAGGAGAGAGGCAGUGGGAGCCAGAAAGAAGGUAAAUCUGGCACACAAAGGAAGGAGUGUAUUUAUUGAGUGUUUAGUUCAAAUAAUCUCUUUAAGGAAACACUGACUCCCCCUUUAAUGUAACAGUCUACCAGAUAAUGUACCAGCAAUCCAUUAUUAAAAAUACAGUAAUAAGUUA